CAAUUGUAACGCAGGAGGCAGUGUACUACUAGCCAAUCCCAGCAUUGGAGGCGGGACUUGUCGAAAUACGAGUGGGAAACAAAAUCCGGUUAUUAGAAGAACCGGUAUUGAUGUGGAGAGUAGGCGGUCUCUCAGGAUCUCGUUCCUUCAUUCAAUUACAGCAGUCACGCUGCAUGGCGCACGAGUCUUCCUGCAUUAAGAGGCACUAGUGAAGAUUCUAUGGCCAGCCACACACUGUUGCUGUACUAGUCAACUUGUCGUGGCCAUACCACUCCAGGUACAUCAUGGGUGACGCAGACCAGAUGCACUUCACUGCAGUGGACUAUGCUAUCUUCGUACUACUCCUCGUAGCUUCAGCGGGCAUUGGCCUGUUCCAUGCAUUUUCAGGGGGCAGACAGAGAAGCACACGUGAGUUCCUGCUGGCUGACCGCAGCAUGAGCUGCCUACCUGUGUCACUGUCCCUACUUGCCACUUUCCAGUCGGCUGUAGCCAUCUUGGGUGCGCCGGCUGAAAUCUACGCUUAUGGCACGCAGUACUGGUUCCUGGGCUGCUCCUACUUCCUGGGCCUGCUCAUUCCGGCACACAUCUUCAUUCCUGUUUUCUACCGUCUGCGUCUUUCCAGCGCCUACCAGUAUCUAGAGCUUCGCUUCAAUAAAACUGUACAGAUCUGUGGCACUGUGACCUUCAUCUUUCAGAUGGUAAUCUACAUGGGAGUGGUGCUGUAUGCUCCUGCACUUGCACUGAAUGCAGUAACUGGUUUUGACCUCUGGGGGGCUGUUCUAGCAAUGGGGCUUGUGUGCACACUCUAUACAACGCUGGGUGGCCUGAAAGCAGUCAUUUGGACAGAUGUGUUCCAGACAAUUGUUAUGUUUGCUGGGCAGCUGGCUGUAAUCGUGGUGGGCACCCACCAGGCAGGUGGCAUAGCCGAGGUGUGGAAGAAAGCCCAGAACAGCAGCCGCAUCUCAGGCAUUGAGCUGAACCCUGACCCUCUGGAGAGGCACACAUUUUGGACAUUGUCUGUUGGGGGCAUCUUCCUCAUGCUGGCACUCUAUGGAGUGAACCAGGCUCAGGUCCAGAGAUACCUCAGCUCCCGCUCUGAAAGAGAGGCCAUCAUGUCCUGCUAUGUGGUGUUUCCAUGCCAGCAGAUAGUCCUGGCACUGGGUUGUCUCAUGGGGCUGGUAAUGUUUGCCCGCUAUGGUGAAGACAGUCCUUUGGACAAGGGCUAUGUCCAGACCAAUGACCAGAUGGUGUUGUAUUUUGUUAUGGAUGUGCUCAGAGACCUUCCUGGUUUGCCUGGACUGUUUGUUGCUUGUCUUUUCAGUGGAGCUCUCAGCACAAUUUCAUCUGCCUUCAACUCCCUGGCGACGGUUACCAUGGAAGAUCUGAUUAAGCCCUUUUAUCCCGGCAUGACCGAAGCCCGUGCCACGCUGCUAUCCAAAGGCCUUGCUCUUGGAUAUGGAUUGGUGUGUCUAGCUAUGGCUUACAUCGCUUCUCUAAUGGGCUCUGUGUUACAGGCAGCACUCAGUAUUUUUGGGAUGAUUGGUGGGCCUCUGCUUGGCUUAUUCUGUCUAGGCAUGUUCUUUCCCUGUGCCAACUCUGUUGGAGCAGUGACUGGCUUGGUGGCAGGACUGAUUAUGGCUUUCUGGAUCGGCAUUGGCAGCUUUGUCUCCCGUAUGAAAGCACCUGGAACACCCAUCUUUAAUGCCACGAUCGUUCAUGACACAGGCAACACAACUGCCAUCAUGGCUACUGUCAUCACCUCUAUUACAGCAAAACCCAGGCCCACUGGACUCCAGGCUCUCUAUUCGUUGUCCUACAUGUGGUACAGUGCUCACAACUCAACCACAGUUGUAGUGGUAGGACUGUUGGUCAGCCUUCUCACCGGACCCUGGAAGGAGAAGGAUUUGACCCCGGGUACUGUUUACCCCGUGUUGGGAAUGCUGCUUUUCUUUCUACCUGAGCGCUAUAAAGAGAAGCUGUGCUGUGUUACUCCUCUGGACCACAAGUCCGAGGCUCUGGACAGGCAGCCAUAUAAAAAUGGAAAGAAAGAGAACGGCAUUGUCCAAAUUCAAGAUGAAGACAAGAAUGAACGGGAGGAGUCCAAAAACUCACAGGUUUCUUGCAAGCUGGUGAAUGUUGAGCAGGAGACGGCUUUGUGAUUUUCUCUAAAUCCAUUACAUAACAUGUUCAAGGCCAUAUUUAUUGUAUUAUAAACCAAGAGGGGAAAUGACUGAUGAUGUCAAAAAAGGUCCGUUUCUAUAGAUGUUCACUGUUCAGAUCAUACUUUUGCACAAUCUGCUGUUAUGUUAUAAUGAUAAGGCAGUGUUGACAAAUAUAGCACUAAAUUCAUGAACGGAGAUGUGUGAAAUGUACAAUUCAAUUUCUAUAUACUGUACUGUGCAAAAGUCUUAAGCACAUGCAAAGAAAUGCUCUAGAGCAAAGAUAACUUCAAAAAUAAUGAAAUUAAAUGUUUCUCUAUUUUAAAAAAAUACUAUAAAGAGCAGGAAACAGUAAUAAAUGAAAUGAAGGCAAUGUUUGGUGUGAUGACCCUUUGCUUAAAAAAAAAAAUUAGUCUCUGGUAGAAUUUGUACAGUUUUAAGAAAUGAGGAAUAAGGAAAUGAGCUGUAAGUUUUUUUUGAGCAUCUUGCAGAACCAGCCACAGUCCUUCUGGAGACUUUUGAGUGUCGCACUUGAUUCGCACUUGAUUAAGCAGCCGUCAUUGUGUUUUUCUGUUUUUUUUUUUUUUUGUCUGAAAAGUGUCUCUUACCACUUAAUAUGCUGGUCUCUUUACUGACUAAAAUGUUUUUGUACUGACCCGAUAAUGUUGAAGUCAUAAAAUAAAAAUCUAUAACAAAGUUUGUAUUAAAAAAUAGGGUGCCUAAGACGUUUGCACAGUACUGUACUUAAAUGUGUCAUGAGAAUUGACCAAUUAAGCAAACAGCCUCAGCAAUUGUGCAUUUAAUAGAAAAUGAAGACCUAUGUCUAAGUGACUAGAAGCAAAAGAAAAUGUACUUAGUCAUAGGCUCAGCAUUUGCACGUUGCAUAGAAAACGACCUGUUUGCUUAAUUGGUCAAUAGAAUAAAACCACAUACUUGGAGCAUUUUAUUACCUGUUUUCAAUACAGUUCGGUCAAUUUUUCUACUUAACCAGGUUUGUUUGAAAUAUUUUCCCCUGAAAAAAAUCAGUAGUUUGUGUCAUUUAUUAUCUUAUUAUCCACCUAAAUAACUGCACACUUCAGCUAAAGCUCCCUAUUUCUGGUGUCUCCAUGAUGUAUUGUACAUGAAGCACAAAAGGCAACCUCUGAGUCUGGCCAAUGACUGACAAAUCCAGUUUUAUGCUAAGUUACGUUCAUCCAGCCUGUUAACAUUGAACAGUAAGGCACUAUUAUUGGUGAAUGUGAUGUGUUUGUCUGGGGAACAUAAAUUUAUCUGUACUGCUAAGUUUAGUUACCAUUAGCCUUUUUACAUUACCACCGAACCUCUUGGUGUCUGAGUUACUUGAGCAAACUUCAGGCUUAAUAAUCUUUAGUGGCUUAGUGGUUAGCACGUUUGCCUCACACCUCCGGGGUUCGAGUCCCGCCGGGGCCAUGUGUGUGCGGAGUUUGCAUGUUCUCCCCAUGCUGUGGGGGUUUCCUCCGGGUACUCCGGUUUCCUCCCCCAGUCCAAAGACAUGCAUGGUAGGCUGAUUGCCGUGUCUAAAGUGUCCGUAGUGUACGAAUGGGUGUGAGAGUGUGUAUGUGAUUGUGCCCUGCGAUGGACUGGCACCCUGUCCAGGGUGUACCCCGCCUUGUGCUCGAUGCUUCCUGGGAUAGGCUCCAGGUUCCCCGUGAUCCUGAAAAGGAGUAAGCGGUAGAAGAUGGAUGGAUGGAUGGAUGUCAGGGACUCCAUAAAAGACCUAUUGGAGAUUGAGGAUGCUGCUACAGGGGGACUUCUCCAUUCAUUGCUCCAUUCAAUUGUUCCUCAUGUCCAAACAUCAUAAUUUAUUCUAAACAUCUCGUGGAAAUGUAUUAUGUUUGUACUGCGAUAAUGUUUUUUAGUGUUUGGAAAAGUUUUGUUGGCAGUGGGAAUGCUCUGAUUAUAAACUUUUCCAGCCACCAUAAUUGUCUUAUGGUUUAUGAGAUGUUAAAAAUUACUAUAUUACCAAACACUUUUUGCAGAUUGAUCACUACUUACAAUAAAUAUAAAACAUCUACACACCCCUGUUAAAAUGGCAGGUUUUUGCGACGUAAAAAACAAAGAUAAAUCAUCUUUUCUCACCAAUAAUGUGAAAUUGCAAGGUAUACACAAAGUGAAAAACAAUCAACUUUUUUAGCGGGGGGAAAAAAAAAAAAAAAACUUAGUUGCAUAAGUGUGUGCACCCCUAAACUAAUACUUUGUUGAAGCAGAUUUUGAUUUUAUUACACCUCUGUCUUUUUGGGUAAGAGUUUAUCAGCAUGGCACAUCUUGACUUGGCAAUAUUUCCCGACUCUUUCUUAUAAAAUCUUUCUAGAUCUAUCAAAUUGUGAGGACAUCUCCUGUGCACUGCCCGCUGAAAGGUGAAAUUCCUUUUCAUCUUCAGCUUACUAAGGUUUUGCAAUAAAUUUAACUGGUAUUUGUAACUAUUCAUGAUUCCCUCCACCUUGAUAAAAACCCCAGUUCUAGCUAAAGAAAAGCAGCCCUAAAGCAUGAUAUUGCAACCACCAUGCUUCACCAUGGGUAUGGUGUUCAUUUGGUGGUGUGGGUGUUUGUUUGUUUGUUUGUUUUUUUGUGUACCAGACGUGCCUUUUGGAAUUAUUAUACCUUUUUGGAGUUGGUCUCAUCAAACCAUAAAACAUUUUCCCACAUGGUUUGGGGUAAUUUGGUUGAGCUUGGAUGGGUUUUUUUUUUUAGCCACCCUACCCAAUAUCCCAGACAGUAAUCAGUACUUGUCCAAUAUUCCUGCAGCUCCUUUAAUGUUGCCGUAGGUCUCUUGGCAGCCUCCCUGGUAAGUUUUUGUCUUGUCCUUUUGUAAAUUUUGGAAAAAUGUACAAAACAAAUGACAAAAGCCACCACCAUUUUCUCCACGGUGGUGCUUCUAACAGUGUUCCAUGGUACAUCUGAUGUUUUGGAUAUUUGUUAUACCCCUCUCCUGAUUGAUUCCUUUUGACAGUGAGACCCUGUACAGGCUUUUUCAGUUCUUUGUGGACCAUGACUUCAGCAGUCAGAUGAAACCAAGAUGUGAAGAAAAUCCUACAGAAACAGCUGAUCUUUAUUUUGGGUUAAUUGGAAUAAUUUCAUUGAUAACAGCUGUAUGAUGAUUACUUUUGAACGUGAGCGUGAAUGUGAUUGGGUCAUUCUGAACACAGCAAUAUCCACAAUUAUAAAAGGGUGUGCACACUUAUGCAACCAGUUUAUUGUAACUUUUUUUUUUUUUAAUCCUUUAAAAUGUUUUUGUUUUUCGUAAAAUUUUUAGGUUAUAAUUUCACAUUGAGGCUGGAAAAAGUUCUGACAUGAUUUAUCUUGUCAAUUUUUUUGAUUAAACCAUUUUAAGAGGGGUGUGUAGGCUUUUUAUAUCCACUGUAGGUUAGUUCAAUUAGGGUUUUUAUGGAGCUCUCAUUUGGUGAACAGAAUUACAGGAUUGCUACUGAGAAGGAUAUUUGCAGUGCUGCCAUCACGUUGGAUAAAAUGUGAUGCCAUAUACUGCCUUUCAGAUGGAAAGCACAGGCUGUGACCGUUUAUGUGGCUUUGUCUGUGUUGAAUAUUGUGAUCUAUGGUAGAACUUAUUAUGCUUAGUUAUUUAUUUAUUUUUUAAAAUUCUUCAUCAAAAUACUUGAAAGGAUUUCCAUGUGGUCAGCAACAUGAGCAUCUUAUACUGGAAGAGUCCACCCAUCUGUGUCCUCAAAGAGAAUCUAAAUAUGUGAUGGAGGUUUUCCAUAACAUACUGUGGGUCAAUGAGGAAGCAUUUUUUUUUUUUUAAAUCUUUGAUAAACACAUGGUGUGUGUUAAAAUAUUUAAAUACAGGCAUCCCGUACAUUGAAUACUUAAACCUGGCCGGUUUUUGAUCUAGUUUUCAGUAUAAUUUUUUUUUGCAUUUUGUCAUCAGUGACUUGUUUUAGCAGCCAAAAUCAUAGCACACUUAAUUUUGUGCACCUUGGUUUUUAAAUCCUUCAUAUUUUCUCCAACAUAAGUCCUGAAAGCCAUCCCAUGUGACAUUUUAUGUCAAGCUUCUUGUGAUUCUGUGAAGGCUUAGUGUUUCUGUGAGUAUGAGAUUUGUUUCCCACUGUGAAGCAGCAUUUGUGAUGUAUCUUGUUUUUCUCAUGCCUUUUAGAUUUAUUUGUAGUGUUUACAAAAUGGACCUUGAAUUCGUUUAUUUCCAAAGAUAUAUAGAUAAGAUGUUUGCUGGACAUUAUUUUUUGUCUCUGCCUGCAUAUCGCUGCAAGUGGUAUGUUGUUGCGAUUAGACACAUUUUGGUCAUUCUGAAAUCCCUGAUGACAUUCAAGGACCUAGUAAAUAUUUAUUUACUUUCAGAAAUUAGUAUUGAUGGACAUGAAGAGUGCUUGCAUUGCCUAAAGCAGUGUUUCCCAAUUCUUGUUCUAGGGCAUUAUCGAUUAUCCUACAGUAUCUGCACAAUGGUGCAUUCAGUCUGUUACUACAAAAAACAUGAUUUAAAUGGAUACUUGCUGUUGUUUUUUCUUGGGAUCAGAACUUUAAGAACCCUCUUAACUGCACUGAAAUAAAUUGGGUUUAGUUUAGACUGUAGUGUCACUGCCAGAGAGUCAUCUUGCCAGCUUCUAGCAUGUAACACUGACAUGAAGUUAUUUGUCCUGUUGUCUUCUGACGGGUAGAAGUGAAUUAACUUUUCAUAAACGUUUGUAGUCCUAGAAGCUGCAUGCUGUCUGUCCAUCAUAUAAUUCAUACCUGACAUUACUUGAAAAGUGUGUACUAAUGCUUUCUUUCAGCAUCUCACUUUCACGGUCACGUUAUUACUAAUAUUUUCCCCUGUAACAAAUGCACAUUAUUGUAUGAGGUCAAACUUAAUUUUAUUCUCACAAAAAAUUUUUUACAACUAUAUUUCAAUAAUUGUUUUUAGAAGAUUAAAUCUUACCCUUAAUUAGCUAAAUCUUUACAUUGCAAGGUGUAAGGUAUUUUUUUUUUUUUUUUUAAUUUAUGUAUCGCCUGUUAAGUCCAGAAAGCACUGUGAUGGUCACUGCUCCCUCAAUGCUUUAAUUUUCUGUAAGUUUUGAUUUAUUUAUUUGUUUUUUUAAAAAACACUUUUUAUUUUACUGUAUGUAGUAAGAAAGCAUAACACUCAAGUUAUUACAAUCCAGAUGCAUAUUAUUUGUAUAAUAUUAUGAAAAUAUUUUUUAUAGAUAUUUUCAUUUACAGGUGGUUUCCCAUUUUAUAGUCAUUGUGUGCAUUCCAAAAAAAACACUCAUAAUAUUUAUAUAUAUUUAUUUGUGUGUGUGUGUAUGAAUAUGCAAUGGAGUCAGACCAGCUUCAUUGCGUUUGGCUGUGCCUUCACUCUCUUUCUUUGAUUGGUUGUUGAAGUUUCAGAGAACCUUCAGGAAGCACUCUGAAGAGGCAUGUGUUAUUCGAUAGGGAACAAUGAUAGCGAUGACACUUUACACACUUACUUGAGCAAUGAUAGCGAUGACACUUUACACACUUACUUGAGCAAUGAUAGCGAUGAAAUAUACUUUGUGCUCUUGGAAGCCAAUCAAAACAAUAAGAUAAUGAAGAAUAUUGUAUACUUUAAAAAAAUAAAUAAAUGAAAUGUC